AUGAACCGUCGCGACAACGACUUGACUAGCACUUUGACUGACAGAAGAGACGUCGUCUGCAUCAGGGUCAAGAAUAGCACCAUCAGGAGGAGCCACAACUUGGUUGACCCUCUGGUGUGGGGAAUGGGUCUUCCUCCUCCCAGUAAUCCUGAGCGGCUAUCGAGUCAACGACUUUUGCGACCUCGGCUGAUCGAUGGGAUUUACGACUCUGAGCACUGAUGACGUCUACCGUUUCAUCACUUGUUGACAUUACUUCGUCUUCUGAGUCGAAAGCAUCGGAACCUUCUUCUUCGUCGCCUUGCUGUUCCGCUGGAUUUGUUGGAAGCAGUUGAUGGGGUUGAGCAAUCAUAUGAACGGUGGGUGGAGGAACAAAUGUAUAAGGCGGUGCUCCCAGAGAGAUGGCAAAUUGGUUGAGGUCAUUUGAGGAUUCAGACCAAACACCCGGUGGUGCCGGCGGCGGCGGCGGCGGUUGGAGAGUUUGAAAAUUCUGGAAGUUCCAAGGAGAUCGAGGAUGCUGUUGGUAGAGUGUGGAAGGCUGAGAGGGGGAAGCGAUGCCAGCAUUGGCAGAGGCGUCAAGAUGACAGACAACAUCGUGUCGUGUGCCACGAAAACUACGUCCGGGUGUCGUGGAGACUGCGCUGGUAAAAGGAGAUUUAGUUGGAUGAAUUAGCGGUUCUGAUGGGCAGCAUGCAUUUGGAGGGGUCGGAAAGGCAGUCAAAGGAUCCGAAAGCUGUGAGACCUGUUUGAAUGGAAGUGCAGACGUUGGCGGCAUUGAAUAGGCCUGUGACGGUGGAUUUUGAAUUUGGUGUUGCAUAGCGGCUUGCGCUGCGGCAGUAGCGGCCAUGAGGGCGGCCAUCAUUACAGAAUCGGGCGUUCCAUCACCUCCAGUUCCCGUACUUGUUCCUCCACAUCCCGCUCCUCCAGUUGGACAGCAAUUUUCUGACGAAGACUGUUGUACAUUCUGUUGUUGUUGCUGCUGUUGAGCCAUGAGAUAAGCCAUCAUGACAGAUUUCGAUGCAAGCAAUUGCUGUUGAUCCGCAGACUGGUUCUGUUGAUGGAAAGAGUUCUCAGCAGCGACAGACUGAGCCCAGUGAAGGGCGUCUAAAAGGAGCAUUCGAGUGCGCCAGAGCUCACGCCAUGUGGCACCCGCUUGUUCAGCUAGAAGAUUGAAGGAAUUAUAGGAUUCAGCACCGGAAGAACUUGCCAAUGAGAGCCGAGAUGUGGUUCCCCGACGAGAACCACCUCCAUCUAGAACUUUUUGACUUCUCUCCAGUUCCAUGGCAGCGGCAGCAGCGUAGAGCCGCGAGAGAGAUUCAAUGGAGAGAUUUUGUUGAUUUUUUCCAGCGUUGCUUGUAG